AUUUAUCACUUAACAUUUAAAUUUCGACGCGUGAACAUCGUUGCAGGCAGGGGGUUUAAUUGCGCGGUUUUAAGUGUUGUGUGUGGGCAUUUAUUUUAGUUAAUACAAUUAAAUUAAACGGGAAAAACUAAAAGAAAUAAACGGAAAACCGGGCAAACAAAAAAUGAAAUUCUUACUGUGUUCGCUGUUAUUUGUGGCUGUGGCCACUUUGGGCGUGCAAGCCGAUGAAGAAAUCAAAGUCGAAGAUGGAGUUUUGGUAUUGACACAAAACAAUUUCAAGAAAGCCAUUGCCGACAAUGAAUUUAUUUUGGUUGAAUUCUAUGCUCCCUGGUGCGGUCACUGCAAAGCCUUGGCCCCUGAAUACGCUAAAGCUGCCCAACAAUUGGCCGAAAAGGAAUCUCCCAUUAAGUUGGGUAAGGUCGAUGCCACCGUUGAAGGCUCUUUGGCCGAAGAAUACCAAGUCCGUGGCUAUCCCACAUUGAAAUUCUUCCGCAGCGGCGCUCCCGUCGAUUAUACUGGUGGCCGUCAAGCUGCCGAUAUCGUUAGCUGGGUUAACAAGAAGACCGGCCCACCAGCCAAGGAUUUGACCACCGUCGAAGAAGCCGAAACUUUCUUGAAGGACAAUGAAAUCGCCGUUGUUGGUUUCUUCAAGGACGCUGAAUCCGCCGAAGCUAAGGCUUUCGUCUCCGCUGCCAAUGCCUUGGAUAGCUUUGCUUUCGGUAUCACCACCAACGAAGAUGUCUUUGCCAAAUACGAAGCCAAAUCUGGUUCCAUUGUUUUGUUCAAACCUUUCGAUGACAAGAAAUCCGUCUACACUGGUGAAGUCAAUGUUGAAGAUGUAAAGAAAUUCUGUCAAGUUGAAUCCUUGCCCUUGAUUGUUGAAUUCAAUCAUGAAUCUGCCUCCAAGAUUUUCGGUGGUUCCAUCAAAUCCCACUUGUUGUUCUUCGUCUCCAAGGAAGCCGGUCACAUUGAAAAGCACGUCGACCCCUUGAAGGAAAUCGCCAAGAAAUACCGCAACGAUAUCUUGUUCGUUACCAUCUCAUCCGAUGAAGAAGAUCACACUCGUAUCUUUGAAUUCUUCGGCAUGUCCAAGGAAGAUGUACCCACCAUCCGUUUGAUCCGCUUGGAAGAAGAUAUGGCCAAGUACAAGCCUGAAUCUGGCGAUUUGUCUGCCGAAACCAUUGAUGAUUUCUUGCAAAAGUUCAUGGAUGGUAAAUUGAAGCAACACUUGUUGUCUCAAGAUUUGCCCGAAGAUUGGGAUAAGAACCCCGUCAAGGUUUUGGUUGCCACCAACUUCGAUGAAGUUGCCUUCGACAAGACCAAGGAUGUUUUGGUUGAAUUCUAUGCCCCAUGGUGCGGUCACUGCAAACAAUUGGCUCCCAUCUACGAUCAGUUGGGUGAGAAAUUCAAGGAUCACGAAAGCAUUGUCAUUGCCAAGAUGGAUGCCACCGCCAACGAAUUGGAACACACCAAGGUCUCCUCAUUCCCCACCAUCAAAUUGUACCGCAAGGGUGAUAACAAAGUUAUCGACUACAAUUUGGACAGAACUUUGGAUGAAUUCGUUAAGUUCAUGGAAGCUGGCGGUGAUGUUAAAUCUGCCGAUGCUGAUGAAGAAAGUGUUGAAGAGAAGGAUGAUGAGCACAAAAAGGAUGAAUUGUAAAUUUCCACAACUCAAAGUUCUUUUUUAGUUCUACUACUACUCUUCUUAUACUACUCCUUUGUCCUACUUCCGCCCACCACCAAAAAUCAACAACAACACUAACAUUCUAUUCAUUUGUACUUUUUUUUCAUAAUUAAAUUAAUUUAAAACACACAAAGAUGAAGAAAUAAAACAAAUGUAAUACAAAAACAAGAUACACAAAUCUAUCUCUAUUUUACUAACCCAUUCCUCACUCCUCCCGUUUCGGCUCCCAACUAACAACAACCCCUAGCAACGAAAACUAUGUUGAAGUAUAAAAAAAUGCAUUUUUUGUUUGCAUACACUAUAAUGAUGAUGAGAGGUGAAGGGGGAAAACAAAAACAUCUUCUCCCUCGCAUUUGAAAACCAACAACUUCUGUCUGUCCCUGCCACAGGCAAAUAUUUCAAAUCUUGCUUUCCGUUUUUUU